UUUACUUAUGAAGAACCUCAGGUAACUGGAGUUGAUCCUGCAUUUGGCCCGAAAUCAGGAGGAAUCGAAGUUGUGAUCAGUGGUGGCAGUCUGAGUAUUGGGAACAGAGACGACACUGCAGUCACACUCGGUGACAGUGACUGUGCCAUCACAUACAUUAACGAUUCGAGGAUCAUUUGUAAGUCUGGAGUGUUUCUUCAAGGCAUGUCAGAAGCUGUAGUGGUUAUGAUUGACAAUGCCAGUGUCAGUAGAGAUAGGGUGGAGUUUGCUUUCAGAGAAGACCCCAUUUUCAUCAGUGUCGGCCCCCAAAGAGUCAUUCCCUCGGGUGGUAUUAAUUUAACAUUCACCGGAAUGAACUUUGAUGUUGUGGUCGAACCUGUGUUUGUUUAUACUGACGCAAGGCUGUGGGGUCUCCCAAAGUUUACCACUCAGGAACCCGAUCUGACAAAUAUCAGCUACACCGUGAGAUUUGGAGAUGCUCCGGGCCCAAACAGAACAAGAGCAGAGUUGACACUGGAAUCACGACCUGACCCAGUGUUCCCAGAAGACGGCACUGCUCUCUCUCAGACAGAGUUCUCCCCUGGCUCUGGGGCUCCUCUCACCAUCUCUGGGAUGUUCCUAGACAGUGUAGAUAGAAGUGAGAUACACGUGACAGUUGGAGGAGAGGAGUGUAAUGCCAUAAUAACAGGAGCUCAAGCUGCAGACACGUAUACAUGUUUUGUACCAAGGGAUCCUCUGAAUGGAGUCAACGAUGGCAAAGUUAUAGUUAUGGUUGGCCAAAAUUUGAGGUAUGAAAUUGGUACAGUGACAUAUGAAGGAGAAACUGAAGAAGGAGCUUCAAACACUGGAGCCAUUGCUGGUUCUGUUACAAGUGUCCUCGUGGUUCUGAGUGGGGCUGUUAUACUCAUCUUGGUUCUCUUUGUCGUUUUCAAGAGAAAGACUACGGCAAACGAAACUCUGCUUGCCAAUCGUUUUGCCCACCACGAGAUGGUUGAGACAAAAGGAGUGAGGCUGGAGGAGCAGGUUAAUAUUUCCUUCUAA